ACUUCCAAUGGGCUACGGGCCCGUUCGAGUUGAAUGAGGACCGCCCAAAGAGGGAGGGGUAGGCGAUGUACCAACGGGAUUGUUUUCACGAGUGCGGCAACGCAGCGAAGAAUUUUAGUUAGUAGUGAAGUAAAUAUGGCGAUACGAUGGGUGUGUGUAACUCUCCUCUGCCUUGCAACUUGUCAAUUGUGUAUUAGUUCUUCUCAAUUCCUUCCAAAUUUGGGACGAGCCGAGUCUCAGUUUGCACGGCACCGCACAUUUCGGCCGUUCGUUUAUCAUGGCCGCGAAAAGCGGCAACUACAACACACACGGCGUGAGAACGGCCACGUCAACGAUUUGUCAAUCAUCUAUUCUUUGGAUAAUGAUUCUUAUAUACUGGAUCUUCGAUUAAAUAGAGAUCUGCUGCCUGAUGGAUACUUUGAAAAGUACCAUCAGAACGGCGAGGAAAUUACUCAACGGGCCAACGGCACGGCCAAAGAAGCCCAUCUGUGCCAGUACCAAGGGCAGAUUCGCCACGUUCCGCAGUCAUGGGCGGCAGUGUCGACGUGUGCCGGAUUAAGAGGUGUGAUAUUUGAUGGCAAGGAGCUUCACUAUGUGGAACCGCAGAGUGGUUCGUCGCUGGACGAUGAACAUAUUUGGAUGAAGCAUUCUGAUUUGACCGCCAACUUCUCCUGCGGAACGCACUCCGCCUUGCCCCAUUCUAGUCACAGCCAUCCGAGGGCGAGGCGACAAACAGAUUUGCCUUCAGGCACACCUGCAGCCAGUGGCCCAUUUAAAGCUAAUAGCCGUUCCCGUUACGUCGAGCUAGUUCUUGUUGUCGACAAUAAAAGCUAUGAAAGUCAAGACAAAGAUCUCAACCGAGUCUUUAGACGAUGCAAAGAUAUUGCCAACAUUGUCAACGCGCUUUACGCGCCUCUCAACAUCUUUGUGGCCUUGGUCGGUAUCGUUGUCUGGUCGGAGAAGGACGAAAUUCAAAUUUCCGUUAAAGGAGAUGAGACAUUGACCAAUUUUUUGCAUUACCGACGCGUCCGGUUGGCGAAAGAGCACCCCAACGACAAUGCCCAGCUGCUGACUGGAGUACAAUUUCAGGGCGGAGUAGUGGGCAAAGCUCUCAAGGGCCCGAUGUGUACGUACGAAUUCUCCGGUGGAGUGGCGAUGGAUCACAGUCCAACAGUCGGUCUAGUCGCCACGACGGUGGCUCACGAAAUGGGUCACAAUUUCGGCAUGGAACACGACAACGACUCUCUGUGCCAUUGUCCAGAUGACAAAUGCAUCAUGGCGGCGUCUUCUAGUGCGGUCAGUCCCACUCACUGGAGCUCUUGCAGUUUGGAAAAUUUGGCAUUGGCGUUUGAGCACGGAAUGGAUUAUUGUUUGCGUAACAAACCAGUGAGCCUAUUCAAAAGUCCAGAGUGUGGCAAUAUGUUUGUUGAAGACGGUGAAGAAUGCGAUUGCGGGCUUCCGGGACGAUGUGACAAUCCUUGCUGUAAUCCCCAUACAUGCAAGUUACACGUCAACGCCACUUGUGCCACCGGUGAUUGUUGUGACCUUGCUACGUGUCGCAUGAAAAAUGCAGGCUCCCCCUGCCGAUCUUCUUUACAAGAAUGCGAUCUCCCAGAAUUUUGCACAGGGAAGAGUGAAUAUUGCCCAGUGGAUCUCCAUAAGUUGGACGGCACCUCUUGCGGGCAAGAUAAAGCUUACUGCUACGAAGGAUCCUGUCGGAGCCAUUCAGACCAAUGUCGGCUUCUCUGGGGACCCUCGGGCAAAGGCUCCGACGCCAAGUGCUACGAUCAGAACACGCACGGCAACAAGACGGGUAACUGCGGCUACCUCAAGUUCAACGACACCUUCACAAAAUGUCGCGACGAAAACAUUCACUGCGGUUUGCUGCACUGUUCCCAUUUGAACGAAAGGCUGGAAUUCGGCAUGGAGUCGGUUGCCGUCUUGUCUCAUUCGUUUUUCAACGUUGACGGGAAAAUUAUUCCAUGCCGAACGGCCAAUGUCGAUUUGGGUCUGCAAGAUGUUGACCCCGGUCUGGUGCCCAAUGGCGCCAAAUGUGGGCAAAAUAAGAUGUGUGUUGAUCAGCGCUGUGUUGCCGUUUCGUCAAUCAUAAAACCAGGAUGCCCACAAAAAUGCGGCCAGAACGGCGAGUGCAAUAACUUAGGUAAAUGCCACUGCAAAGUCGGAUUUGAUCCACCGUAUUGCCAACAUUUUGGGGCUGGAGGCAGUGAAGAUGGAGGGCCAGCAUCCGAUCCCAAUGUGCGCAAUGGCUUCGUGGUUGCCAUGUUUAUCAUUUUCCUUGGCAUCUUUCCCAUCAUGGCACUCGCAUUCUGUUGCUGGUACUGCUGUCGUGAACGACAGCAAAGAACUCAACUUUGGGCCAAAAUUAUGGGCGGGCCAAAAUUAUCAUUGCCAACGCGAGGAAGUCCCGAUUUCACUCAGCCGCCGAGUAGCUCCAACAGUUCGACCACCUCAACGCCGUCUAGACGGAUUCAAUACCGAGGACGAUUGUUUUGCCCAGUUAGUUGGUGGACGAAUAAAAUGUCAAGUAGACGGCUGCCUGCAGACGAACCUGCGGCUCGAAAUAACACUGUCAAGAUUGAAAUCUCCCGACCAAUGCCCAUCCGCCCAAACAAGCUCGGGAUUAUUGGCAACGGAUCAACGCCUUCCGUUACAACUGCGUCAGUUUCACGAGCGCCGCCCAACUCUAUCGCCCAAAACCUUGUCGGCCAAUACCAUGGCGUUACUCUCUCUCCCCUAACUGAGAAUGCAGACUCCAGCUUCGAUAGUUUCGAUAGUGCGGAUUCAGCGGAUGCCCCUAGUCGCAAUCCAGCACCUGUCAUCAACGGUGGCGUCCCGAAGAAUGAACAAAACAAACCGACGGGGGUUGUUGCCGCCCGCGCCAGCUUCUUCUCCAAUGGACCCGUCUCGAGCAGUAUUACAACUGCUGCUCCCUCUCUCCCCGUCAGACCAGCUCCUGCUGCGCCCGUUUCGUCAAGCGCAUCGCCACCUCCAAAGCCGGCCGUCAGUCUUCCACCCCGCAAUCAGACAUCUAUAGCCCCGACAUUGGGUCAUACAGAAAUCGUCAUUUCAAAAACGAUAGUUCCAGUCUCGACAAAUGAAUCUUUGGUUAUAACGGUGGGCAAACCGGAACUGCCUCCCAAAGGUCGUCCACUCUCAAUUCCAAACACGUCCAAUGUCAAAGGCCCUAACCGGGUAGAACCUGUCCCAUCUCAACCUGUCCCGGCCCCAGCUGCUGGAUCUGCCCAACCAAACAACACAUCAGCUUUACAAAAGGUGGCGUCGCUUUUCAAAACGAAUCCUGCACAAGCAACUGUCAACAACGCGGAAUCAAUGCCGGAUACCGCCAGCGUCUCCGAAAGUGAAGGCAGCACGUUGCCGCGCAACCAGAGCAUAAAAGCAACAAAGAUAAAUCGUGAGAGUUUACGCGGCUUGGAGAUCUCGAACCCAAUCUUGCAGAGUACCAUUGAAAUGCCAUCUAAAGUCGUUCCCGUUCGACCUGCUCCAGCUCCUCCGCCGUCAUCCGCUCCAUCACCUCCGCCACCAGCAGCUGUUCCUAUCGUUUCGUCUCCAACUAGCCCAACUUCUAAAUUAGGAAUCAGUAGCACCUUGCCAAGGCUGCCAAAGUCCACCAAAGUCCAUUUUGCCGACGAUAAUGAAAAGGCAGACAAAACUAAUAAUGUUAAACCGGUUCCAGUGGUAGAGCGUUCAGAAAGUAUGCGUCUUCGAGGCGUUACCAGCCGCCCUAACAUACCACAAUUCGGCUCGAUGAGAGCCAAGAGACCUUUGAGUAUGCCUUUCGCUCGGCCGACCUCUCCUCCCCCCAAGCCACCGAAUGCGAAAUUCGCCACCAGUCCCAUCAUCGAAAACGACUAUCCUUAUGAUGACUGUUCGGCGGUAAACAAGGCGGAAGAAGAUGCUAUUUACGCCAGCAUUGAGGAUAUACCCAGAGAUGGAUCAUCAGCGGAUCGCGACGAAACAGGUAGCACAACGACCAGUAAUUCGGAGGGCUUGUUAUCCGAAAUUGUUUGCGAAUUGAAAAAAAAGAAUUUAGACGACGUGUACUCGGUUGCUAAGAAAAACAAAACAUCAGCAGCUUCUACUGUUACGGAAUCUUCGCCUCCCAUCGUUACUACAGCAGCCAAAACAACUGCAGCUCCACUACAAAAAAGUGCCCUUGCAAAAUUCACGGCAACCAAUAGCAACAGUACACCCUUGAUAGCAAAGCCAACCACGGCACCUGUAGCAACAGUUCCAACCGAAGGCUAUAAACCAUUUUCAUCAAUAAUAGGUGCUCGUGGUCGCUAUUUGGGUCCAACUGCUGUGACAAGUACUGCUACUUCUGUCGCCGAUACCACCGUUACUCGAUCUAUUAGCAGUGCUCCUUCACCUGUUACCACCGUUUCGGCAACGAAAACAACGGCGUCUAUCCAGCCCGUCACUGCUGCUGUCAAUAGCGCGAACUCACAGAAAGCCCCGCCAUCGACCGUUAAACCAAUAGUUCCCGUGACGACAUCGACAGAAUCGACUACUCGGAAUAGCCACGUUCCUUUGCCACAGCAACCGCCUGUCGGUAAAUUGCCAUUAUCUUCGAAAAUUGCGAGCAACGUCGCUGAGCAAUCGACCCGUGGGUCCGGCAAAACGGUAUUGGAAAAACCAACAUCCGUUACGAACGGCGCCGUUACCAGUAAACGACCCAUGUCGCCAGAUAGGGAGGCAAAUGUCAUCAAACCUGGAGUUCAUCAACUUGCCAAUGCUACGGCCAAAUCAAAAUUUACGAACCCGAAGACAAGUGCCGCGUCAAAGCAAUCGGGGGCACCUGUCAAGAGUAGCGCCGGAAGCAGUGUUCCUAAGCCGACGAAGCCUUCUGUUACCGGUUCGACUUUUCGUUCUACCGCGAAUAAUAACACCGCGACUAACGUGAGCUCCAGCAGAGCAACGACGUCAACUAGCCCCAGUGUCAGUACUUCUAGUCCAGUUGGCGCUAGCAUUGCAUCCAGUGGAAAACAUAACUCUUCAGCGUCUCAUGUACAGACCAUGCAGCAGAAAUUCGAUACAUCCAAUUCUAUUACGGGGCCGGUCGUCAGCGCUAGCAGUAAUAAAACCACUUCAGCUUUGUCCGCGAAAAGCAAAUCUAAUCCUAAGCGAUGAACAAAAAUUGGUCCAAUGGUGCCGUAAUUCGUUGAUGUUUUCUUCUUUACAAUUCUCUUUCGUAUUUGUAACCAUCUGACAGCCAUGCCACUCAUUAUUCCAUCAAUCUUCCAUUAUCCUUUAGGCACUGUGUCACUUCUACAAUAGAAGAUGAAUUAGAAGACAUUGAUAAUGGACAAGAUCAGUAUUUUAAAAAAGGAUAUUGUACAUAUUAUGUAAAUUCUCUUUUCGGCAAUCAUGUUCACACUACACAGAAAUAAAAUACUGUUCGUUUA